AUGCCCACGUGGCUGACGCUGUCUGACGUCAGCGCGAUUAGCUCAGCAGCAGAGAGCGAGCGAGGGGGCCGCGACGCGUGGGACGAGGCGCGCGCGCGCAGGGAAUGGGGGGAAGAGGCGGCCGCGCCGCAAGGAUGGACGAACUGGAGGGGGGAAAGAGCGCGACGAGGGGAAGCGGAAGGGGAAGAGGAAGGGGAAAGAGCGGAAGCGGGGAAUCCGGAGGAGAACAAUAUGUACGAAGUGCCACACAAGCAGCGGUUCCGAGGUGACCACGAUUUGUCCCCGCUACAGCAGUUUCUGAACUGGGUCUCCCACACACUACUGGGCCGCCCCUCAAGGGGCUCCACGCACUCCGCCUUCGCCAUCUCCCGCAUGGCCUCCCAGUCCGCCCCCAGCCCCGCCCCCUCUGACUCCCGAGCCAGCGCCGUAGGCUCGGCAGCGGCGGGCAGGCCCGUGUUUGCCCGGUCCGACACGUUUUUUCUGCGGGAGAUGCGGGCGUCUGAGCUGCUGGGGAGGGCCGUGGUGGCACCCGAUAAUGGCUACCUGCUGCUGUGGCAGCAGCUCAUCCUGGCCCUCUCCUUCUACUCCGCCUUCAUCACGCCUCUCGAGUUCUCCUUCCUGCCAGUCCUGCCGCCCGGCCUCGCCGUAGCGGACGGCGUCGUGAGCAUCUUUUUCCUCGGCGAUCUGAUUCUCACCUUCUUUGUUGCCUUCAAGGACAGGAAGACCCAGAGCUACGUCUGCGACCACUGGAGCAUUGCCACCAGGUACCUCUGCACCUUUUUCAUUGUGGACCUGCUCGCACUCUUCCCCUGGGACACCUUUUUUCAGCUGGCAGGGGGGGAGGCGAGAGACAACUUGCUGAGGUGGUUCCUGUGGACCCGCGUUGUGAGGACGCGCCAUAUCAUGAACUACUUUCACAGGUUGCAGCGCGACAUCCAUGUGAGCUACUUCGCAGUGCGCGUGGUGAAGCUCAUCUUCAUCGAGCUCUACAUCACCCAUGUGGCCGGCUGCUUCUUCUACUUCCUCGCCACCACCUACCCUCCCGACCAGGAGGGCAGCACGUGGAUAGGCAGUUUGACGCUGGGUGACCUGACGUACACCAACUUCCGGGAGAUUGACCUGUACACACGCUACUUCACAUCACUCUACUGGUCUGUCAUCACCAUGGCCACCAUCGGGUACGGCGACGUGCAUCCAGUGAACGCGCGUGAGAUGGUAUUCGCCAUGGCCUACAUCUCCUUCGACCUCGUGCUCUCCGCCUACCUCGUCGGCAACAUCACGGCGAUGGUGGUGAAGGGGUCCAACACGACACGGUACCGGGAGAAGAUGUCGGCUCUCAUCAAGUACAUGAACCGCAACCACCUGCCACACUCCCUGCGCCAGCAGAUGAGGCAGCACGUGAGGCUGCAGUUUGAAACAGAGCAGGUGGAGGACGAGGUGAUGGAGGAGUUUCCUCUCAGCAUCCGCCACAAGGUGGCGCGCGCCCUCUACCAGCGCGCUGUGGAGGCGUGCUACCUCUUCGACGGGUGCUCGGGAGAAUGCAUUAACCAGAUCGUAGCGCGCGCCACCCCUGAGUACUACUACCCGCUGGAGGUGCUCAUUCAGAAGAACGACGCUGCAGAGCACAUGUUCAUCGUCUGCUCCGGCACUGUCCAGGAAGCUUCCUGCGUGCACGGCGAGGGGACGGACGACGAGCACUGGGCGACCCUCACAGCCAGUAAUGUAGCGCGCGCCACCCCUGAGUACUACUACCCGCUGGAGGUGCUCAUUCAGAAGAACGACGCUGCAGAGCACAUGUUCAUCGUCUGCUCCGGCACUGUCCAGGAAGCUUCCUGCGUGCACGGCGAGGGGACGGACGACGAGCACUGGGCGACCCUCACAGCCGGUAAUAUGUGUGGGGAGGUGGCGCUGCUGUGCAACAUACUACAGCCCUUCACAGUCACGGCCAAGGAGCUCUGCCAGGUGCUGCGCAUCGACCGCCAGUCCCUCUCUAUAGUCACAUCGCUCUUCAUCGUGGAUGGCCGCCGCAUGGUGGACAACCUGCUGCAGUGCUCAGAGGAGGUGGGCAGCAAGUUUGAAGGGUUGGCUGCGGAGAUAGAGCGCUCAGAGGAGGCGGGCAGCAAGUUUGAAGGGCUGGCUGCGGAGAUAGAGGCGCUGGUGGCAGCACAGGAGGCGGACCUUACAGUGAGCACCAUCUAUGCUGCGUGUGUCUCACUUGUGGACAUGACCCCACUCCCAUCACAUUGCACCCUUCCCCCACAGCGGUCGGAGGAGACGGGCAGCAAGUUUGAAAGUCUGGCGGCGGAGAUAGAGGCGCUGGUGGCGGCACAGGAGGCGGAUCUGACAGUGAGCACCAUCUAUGCCGCGUGGACAGGGGAUAUGGCCCAGCUGCAGCAGCUGCUGGCAGCCGGGGCCAAGGCGGAUAGAGCUGACUACGAUGGUCGCACCCCUCUGGUAGGGCCGCCUCGGCUUGUCAGAUGGGAUCUGGCUGGGCUAGGUUUGAGACGGGCUUAG